CCGUUCAAGCGCGACGGCAUUUCGGCGCAUCGUCGCCACUGGCAUCUGCUCCUGUUUCGGGAGAGGGCCUAGCAGAGAUAAACAACCUUAUUUCGAUUGUGAAUUGCGGUCACAAGGCGACAAAGAUGCCCAGUAAGCACCCUCGCUUUAAGGAUUGAUCACCGUGCCGAUGUUUCUUGAUGAUUGUCCUUGAAUGGCAGCGCGACUGGCACCGGUUUCCACAUGGGCCGAUCACAGGCGUGAAAUGGGUAAGGGAUCGAAAGCGGACUAUGGUAUCAGCUCCACAGAGCUCAGCGAAGCCGUCAAGCACUUUGAAGCGACACAACUCAAGCCCAAGCGCAUGCAGGAGAGGUGCUUGGUAGAGUUGCACUUGAAUUUUUCUAAAGACCCCGACCUUCUCGAGCGUUAUAUCGCCACGUCUGGAGCAAUUCGAAUGGGGAAGAUAUUCGAAGAUCUGGACACACUUGCAGGAGCGGCAUCGUACAUGCACGUGCUUGGCCACUUGCCCAUUAGGAAAGACAGAGCGUCGCCGCUCUUCAUCGUUACUGCAUCGGUCGACCGUCUCGAUUUGGUGAAGCCGCUCGUCAUCACUUCGGACUACCGUCUAACGGGGUCGGUUAUAUAUGUCGGUUCCUCCUCCAUGGAAGUUCUCGUUGCCAUCGAAGAAAUCAAGGCGGACAGUUCGCCGUCUGAGAUCUGCCUGACUGGUCGCUUUACCAUGGCCGCACGCAAUGCCGCGACCCUCAGGUCGCAAAGAAUCGCGCCGCUUCAACUUGAGACCAAGGCAGAAGAGCGCCUCUUCCAACUCGGGCAACAGCACAAGAUGCACAAGCAGCAGAGUUCUGCGACGUCGUUGGAAAGGUCAUCGCCAACGGAAGAGGAGGCGCUCUUGCUCCAUGAUGUAUUUCUGCGCGAUCGAAACGCCCUCACAGCCUCUGCUGCAAAAGCGAUCAUCUUGGGAAGCAGCGCAAAGAUGAUGGGGAGCGAGGAGGAGGUUGUCUCCCUUUCUUCGACUAUGCACUCUAGCACACUGCACAUGCACCCGCAGCAGGCCAAUGUGCACUUGAAUGUUUUUGGCGGCGUGCUUAUGCGGCAUUGUUACGAGCUAGGCUGGAUUACGGCUUCCAUCUUUGCGAACGCGCCUGUCGAAUUCCUUGCGCUGGACGCACUGAGCUUCCACAGCCCAGUCCCCAUCGGCGCUGUCCUUAAUAUGACAAGCACAGUCACGUACACAUCUCAAGGAGAGGAGAAGGAGAAUGCCGUGGCAGCUGUUAAUGUAGUCGCUGAAAUUGUGGAUAUCGAGAGUGGCAAGCGAAAGAAAAGCAACACGUUUCAUUUCUCCUUCUCUGUUGGGCAGACAAAACGGCGAGUGUCACCUCUGACUUACGCGGAUGCCAUAGAAUGGCUUGAAUCAAGGCGACGGGUUCAGAUAGGAGAUCAGCUUCGCGAAGAAUUCAAGGCUUCUGCGAUUUCUCCUACUGUAACAUAGCAGGUGUCAUAAGGAUGGUUGUAAUCCAGGCAUCAAUUUAUUACAGAUCCC